UGAUGAACCCCAGAUCUGAUAAUGAUAGUACAUACUGUAUAUGUACUAUAUUAAAAUGUUGAUAUAGAAUAGAACACUUGCAGAAACAAAUAUGUUGGAAUUAAAUGUAUACAAAAUAUGUAUAAUGAUCUUUAUCCUGAUGUCGAUGAUGUCAACAUCAGCUGGUGCUACAGCAUCAGAGAUUCGAUCCUAUCCGAUUUUAGAAGGAGAAAACCUGCUGGUAAUCUGUAAUGUAACGGAUAGUCCGGACCUUGAUGUUUACUGGACCAAAAACCAAACGAAUAAUCAUUUUAUACAACAAGGAAAACGUUUAGAAAUCCUUAAUAUUCAGAGAGAAUAUUCUGGAAAUUAUAUAUGUCACGCAUUGAAUACGUCAUUUCCGGUCCAGGACUACAACGAAACGGAUGUAAAUAAAACCGUCCAAGUCGUCAAUGUAGAUGUACAAUAUCCUGGAGAAAUCAAUGGAUUCUCUCUUGAACCGGUAGAAUUGGUAGAAAAUCAGACGUUCACUAUAUCUUGUGGUUUCCACGCUAACCCAAAUCCAGUCUGGUCUAUAUUUAACCGAGAUAAUGGGUACGGUAUGAUGGCAGCUACAGGACAAGCCAAUGUGACGUUGGUCUCGCCUAAGGUCACGUGUGACUAUUCCGGUUACUGGGAAUGUACCGGGAAAAACAUGUUAAACUAUGGUGUAAAUGUUACACGAGGACAGAAUGUCACCGUCUACUGCACUCCUAAACCGAUGUAUGGUAAGAAUCAAUAUCAGCUAUAUGGGAAAGUCGGUGACCCCGUCCAAUCAAACAUGUAUGCUAAAGCAAACCCACAUGCAACAUACACGUGGUCUAAAGAUGAUGGGACAGAUAUUUCAAAUGCUACAAUACAAGAUGAUGACUUAGAUCAAACUAAUUUAACAUUUCCUAUGUUCUCUGUACCUUACUUUGGCAACUAUACUUUAAAAAUGGAGAAUAGAAUAGGAACCAAUUACGCUCAUUACCAAAUACAAGCAGACGGUGAACCGGAGACCCCUACUUAUUUAAGGAUAUCUGACGUCACGACGGACAGUGUGACACUGCAGUGGACUUCCGGUUUUGACAUGGGUUCAAGACAACAUUUUAUUAUAAUGAAGCUGUCUGGAAACCAAUACAUACGAUUUUCCAACUAUAUAUACGACAAUUCAACAAAUCAUGGCAUUAACCAGAACUGGACAUAUGUGCUCAACAAAUUGACAAGUGACACCAACUACAACCUGACCGUUAUUUCCGAGAAUGAUCGAGGAUUUAGAUCUGGAUUGGCUGAACCAUCUGUUGCUUUUAAAACAAAACGAAGUCCACACAAAACUAAUGUGACGCUGAUACUGGGUUUGACAUUUGGUACUAUAGGAACCCUCGGCAUGCUCGCUUUUAUUGUUUAUGUUGUGAAAUUCAAGCGCUUGAAAACGUCUUAUGAUACCAUGAAGGAAGGUGUUUAUUAAACAAGCUAGCCGCCGCCGCCGACGACAACAACAACAACAACAACAACAAGAACAAUUAGUGAUCUGACUCAUUAAUAUCUCAGCAAUUAUCACGCGUCUCUAUGUUAAAAUGUGCAAAUACAUUUACUUAUAGAACAAUUUCUAUUGAUACAUAGAUGUUUAUGCUUUGUAUGCAAUGUCUUGUGCAAUAAUAUUAACUAAAUUUAAAUGUCUGUCUGCUCUUUCAAAUGAAAUCUUGCAUAAAAAGGGAGAGAACUGUUCAAUAUUAAGUUUAUAAUAUUAUGAUAAUGAUUAUAAUAAUAAUAAAGUACUCAAAUUUUCAAAAUCUGUAAGAAAUCCAUGCCCUACAUUAUUCACAAUAUCUCUAUAUUUCAUCAUUCAUAAAACAUAAUCCCGAGUAACAUCUAUAAAUGAGCUGCGUCACGACAAAACCAACAUAGUGCGUUUGUGACCAGCAUGGAUCCAUCCAGCCUGUGCAUCCGCGCAGUCUGAUCAGGAUCCAUGCUGUUCACUAUCAGUUUCUCUACUUGUAAUAGGGUUGUUCAGCGAACAGCAUGGAUCCUGGUCAGACUGCGCGGAUGCACAGGCUGGUCUGAAUCCAUGCUGGUCGCAAACCCAUUAUGUUGGUUUUGUCAUGGCACGGCUGAAAUCAUGUUUAACCCCGGAAUGAUUGGUUGUGUAAUUCAAACCUGUAAGUCCAUGAUAACACCAACGAACAGUAUAUUAAAUAUAUUGAGAUUGAUUAAUGGUAUAAAAACUUUUGUAUUGACCUUUUUUGUCAAAUAUCUUAUUGCAAUGCAUUGUAAAUAUAAUGUAUUUCAGUGUUUAUAUUAAAUUAUUUUCAAAAUU